AUGGACAGAUAUUUCUAUGAACAUUAUUGUAAGAUUGCCAAGAUCAAAAAAGGGGAACGAUUCAGUUUGGAUAAUAGUGGAUCGAUUGACGAAGUAGAACCAGAAAACACUCUAUUGCUUGGACCGGAGCUUGUUAGACAAACUACGAAGAAGGUUGCAGUCAUUCGAGAGCCUCGCCACCGUCGAGUAGCCACCUUGAGUUCCCUCUUCGCCACCACUCCCUCGACUUCAGUCUUCGCCCGCCCUCUCUGCCGCUCGUUCGAGUUUCCACUUAGCAUCGAUCGGUCCCUCAACCACGUCACCUCGCACUUUCCUCGACCGCUCGAGCUCGUCGCCGCUCCAUCUCACCGCCAAAUCUCAGCCCGCGAUCGUCGCCGCUCCAGUUCGCAGUCAGAUCUCAGCCCUCGAGCUAAGCCCUCGAGCCCGCCGCUCCACUUCGCGGGAGAUGGCCUGCAAUAUGAUCUUCCAAAUAACAAGAAAACAAAUAUUUGUACUAUAUUGUACACCAGUGGAACAACCAGUGAUCCUAAGGGUGUGUUGAUUUCUAAUGAUAGUAUCAUCACUCUCAUUGCUGGGGUGAACCGGGUUCUUGGCUGCGUAAAUGAACAUUUGAAUGCCAAGGAUGUUUAUAUAUCGCAUCUCUCGUUGGCACAUAUAUUUGAUCGUGUGAUUGAGGAAUGUUUUAUUUUCCAUGGUGCUUCUAUUGGAUUUUGGAGUGGGGUAAGCAAUUCAGGUAGUGUGAUGUUGUACCCAUAUAGAUAUCAUUGUAAUAAAAAAGAGGACCGUAUGUGUUUAAUGCAUUUCUAUUGUAACAGUUAAUUUUUUUCUCAAAGUCAUUUUCAAUAUCGUAAUUAUUAUUAUUUUUUGCUAAAUGCAGAACCUUAGACUGCGGGAUCUUUAUGAUUGAAUUCAUUAAUAGUAUUGUCGAAAAGCGAUCGAUAGCAACCUCACAAGCAGAGUGUGCAAAGUACAGAGCAAAGUUUUGUGCAGCUCUCUUUUAUGCACGUGACUCACCAUAUUUGUGACAGAUUGUAAUUCACGUGUUUUUGGUAUUGGUGGAGGUGGGUUCAGAGGUUGUGAUGGUGUUGCAUUUGUUGCGAGUAUUGUGGUAAUUGGUAGUGUUGUGAUUGUGGUUGUGGUAGUGUUGUGACAUUUAUUGUUUAUGUAAGGUGGUUCAUCCCAAUUGCAUGUAGCCUGUAGGUGAUAUUAUUAUGUGUAAAAUAAAAAAUGGAUUGGCUGAACAGUAAUUUAAUGUAACAACCAAGAAUUGAUCAUUUAUUAUUUAUGCUGGAUUUUAUUAUUGCUUA